GUUCCUUCAAACAUGCGUCAUCGUUUUUUUCCUCUCCAACUUGUAAACGCGUGGACGCAGCGGAGUGUGUGUUCCAGUCUCUCUACGGAGGGAAUUUAAGCAGCUAACUGGUUCUCUAUUGUCCUUGAAAUGGCAAAAAGCCUAAGGAGCAAAUGGAAGAGGAAGAUGCGUGCAGAGAAGAGGAAGAAAAAUGCUCCCAAGGAGUUGGCCCGUCUGAAACAAGCUCUCAGUCUGGAUAAGAAAGGAGAAGCUACCAUGACUGACAUCCAGGAGAUUGCCACAGUGGUGCCAGCCGACAAGAUCAAGAAGCAAACCGAUGCGGACAUGGUGGAGGUUGAGGGUGAAGAUGGGAAGAUGGAACUGGACAGCAAGCGCAACAAGAAAACUCAGUUGGAUGAAAAUGGUCAGUACCCUGGGUGGAUGAGUCAACGGCAGGCCAAGAAACUGAAAGGCAAACGGGUGGCAAAGAAAACUGGCCAGGGCAAGAAGAAGAAGGGCAUCGCCUGGUGAACCUGAGGAAACCGAAAUACCUCUGCUUUGACUUAAAAGACUUUUGAAGCAAAAUGAGAAUAUGUAUUAUCUUGUGCAGAAAUUGAAUUUCUGUUUUGAAUCUCAUUCUGUUCAGUGGAUUACAAGAUUCAUGGUUGUGCCACCAGCGUGGGAAAUGAACGUUUUCUUCUACAACAGUCUGUUUCUUAUAAUGUAAUUCACUGCAGGGAAAUGUUUGUUCUUAUGGAACAGCAGUCCAACUUCAUGUUAGGACAAGUUUUAAGAAAGUAAGACUGGUGCAAAAUAUGUAUGAUUGUCAUAUAUUCUCUACUACAAUUUAAAUCUUUUCAUCAAUAAUUCACAGAU